AUGAGUACUUUUGGCUAAAAGUAUAGAGUAACAACUUUCGGAGAAUCUCAUUCCAAAGCAGUUGGUUGUGUUAUUGAUGGAUUUCCAUCCAACUUUAAAAUUGAUUAAGAUGCCUUGCAAUACUAAUUAAAUCGAAGAAGACCUGGAUAGACUAAAUUGACAACUCAAAGAGAUGAGAAGGAUAAAGCCAUCAUAAUUAGUGGACUCAACACUUAGCAUCUAACUUUAGGCAGUCCCAUAAUGAUUAUGGUCUAUAAUGAAGACAUGCGACCAUAGGAUUAUAAAUAAUUUGAUGAUAUUCCUCGUCCAGGUCAUGCUGAUUUUACAUAUUAAAUGAAAUACGAAAUUAGAGCAGAAAGUGGAGGUGGUAGAUCCUCUGCAAGGGAAACUAUUGGAAGAGUUUGUGGAGGGGCCAUAGCUUAAUAAUACCUAAGUUAAAUGAACGUAUCAAUUUCAGCCUGGGUUUCUUCUGUUGGAAACAUUGAAAUCCCUAAGGAAGUCUAACAAUAAUUGAUAUUGAAUCCACCAACUCAAGAUUAGAUUGAGGAAGUUAAUGCAAAAUAUUAAUUUAGAAAUCCCCAUUAAGAAUCAGCAUUAGAAAUGGUAAAAUUAAUUGAACAAGUAAAACUUGAUAAGGAUUCUAUUGGAGGAACAGUAACCUGUGUGAUUAAAGGGUGUCCAAUUGGAUUAGGUGAACCAUGCUUUGAUAAAUUUCAAGCUGUUUUGGCACAUGCUAUAAUGAGUAUCCCAGCUACAAAGGGCUUUGAAUUUGGUUCAGGUUUUGAGGGAACCAAAUAAAGGGGAAGUGCUCAUAAUGACAGAUUCAAAAAUUUAAAACCAAUUACUAAUAAUGCUGGUGGUACUUUGGGAGGCAUAACAAAUGGAGAAAAUAUUUAUUUCAAAGUGGCAUUCAAACCUGUUUCUACAAUAGGUCUCGAAUAAGAAACCUCUAAUUUCAAAGGAGAAGAUAUAAUUUUAGAGGCUCAUGGUCGUCAUGAUCCUUGUGUAGUUAGCAGAGCUGUGCCAGUAGUUGAAAGCAUGGCAGCAAUUGUGGUUCUUGAUUUGUAUCUAUUGAGUAAAUAAAAAUGA